UUAUGAUAAUAAGUGUUUUUGACAGAAGAAAAUGACAUUGAGACACGCGAGAGUAAAAGAUUGAUCCAAGGAACCAAAAAGUUAGAGAUCGAUUUUAAGAUGACACGACAUUGUUGACUCAGUUUCACAUUAUCAUUUUCAAGGAAUGACAUGGUAGGCACGGCAGCCUGCGGUACUGUUCAAACUCUAUUUGAUUUUACACGAACGGAUCAACUCGAUAGUUGGACAGAGUAUUCGGACACAAUAAAACCGAGUGGAAUGUCGAAAGCAAUUCUCGUUAUUCAGAAAACUCAGCUUUUCCAAAGGGCAGUACUCUUCACUCUAUUCAAUCCUAAACCAAAUGGAACUGGCUUUGCGGCCAUUCGUUGUGAUACAAACUUCGAUCUCAAGCAAUUUCAGAAUAUUAUGAUUAAAUGCCGUGGUCAGGGUAUUAAUCAAAAAUACAAAAUGCUCCUAAGGCAUAAAGGUUUGGGCAAAGAUGCUGUGAUUUAUGGACAAAUCUUCACGGCACCGGAAAAUGAAUUUGCAACAAUAAAAUUGCCAUUGAUAGAUUUUAAACCAUACUAUAGAGGACAGCAAUUAGCUCUGGAUGCCUAUCCGUUAGAUAUAUCGGCCAUCACAAAUAUAGGCAUUAAAGUGGACAACGGACCUUAUCUGGCAGAUAAUCAACCUGGGGUAUCAGCGCUCGAAAUUGAUUGGAUUAAAGCCGUUAAAUGAUUUGAAAAAAUAUCAACUUUUAUGACUUCAAUGUAAAAGGGAUAAAAGUUUUACGCUUUUAUUCCAUACAUAAAAUAUUAUUUAUAUUUAUCAAUCCUCUUAAAAAAAAAAAAAAAAAAAAUG